AUGGCCUCGGCACUCUUCAACCUCGCUCUCAAUCCCGUUGUCACAGGCCCAGCCUACUCCAUCCUAGGUCUACCAUCUCCCUACUUCCGGGACCCCAUAUCAGCACAUCUCUCCAAAUACAUCCCGGCCUCCAUCCUCUCCAAAUCCAUCUCUGGCCUAGGCUACCUCUUCCUCCUCGGCCUCGCCCGCCAGACCAGCGCCUACCUCUCCCACCUAAGCCAAAAUAACUGGCGUCUAGGCUCCGAAGCCCAUCGCUAUGACUGGCCCAAAGAGAUCGCCGUCGUCACAGGCGGCACAGGCGGCUUCGGAACUCUGAUCUGCAAAUCCCUCGCGGCGAAAGGCCUAACCGUAAUCUGCGUCGACAUUUCCCCCUCCAUAUCCGAGGAAAUGGAGGCAAACCCCAAAAUCCACUACCACAAAUGCGACAUCACCUCCCCCGAAGCCGUCGCCCAAUUAGGCGAGACUGUUAAACAAACCUAUGGCCACCCAAGCAUCCUAAUCAACAACGCCGGAAUCGGCUACGACCACCCCGUCAUCCACGCCAAACCCGCCGACCUCAACCGCAUCUACGGCGUGAACCUCCUAUCACACUACUACCUCAUCCAAGCCUUCAUGCCCCAUAUGAUCGCCUCCAAAAAGGGGCACGUCAUCUCCAUGGCCUCGAUGGCCUCCUUCGUCUCCCAAGCCGGAAUGGCAGAUUACUGUGGCACCAAAGCCGCCGUGCUGGCUCUCCACGAGGCCCUGAUGCAAGAAACGCGGGUCUUGCAUGGAGCGCCCGAGAUCAAAUUCACAAUUGUGCAUCCAACCUUUGCGGAUACGCCGUUGUACAGACAGUAUCAGAAGAAGAUUGAUGCGGGGGGAACGACGGUUAUUCGGCCGGAACAGGUUUCGGAUGCGGUGGUCGGGCAGGUUUUGAGUGGGAGGGGUGGGCAGGUCGUGUUAGCGGCGGGGAUGGAGUGGAUUAGUUCGAUCAGGGGGUGGCCGCAGUGGGUGCAGCAGGUUCUUAUGGUCGCGAGUGAUGUUGGGGUGCGGAGAGGGAUGGCUGUCAAGGAGGAGGGGAAGUGA